GUCUCUCCGCAUGAAGAUGCAUGAAGAUGUGUGCAGUCGUUGUAUCUGUGAUAUAAUUAGUAAACUGUCGAAAUAUAUUGAUAAGCGUCCUGCUUGUAUCGUAUUGACCUGUAGUUAUACAAGACACCGAAAUCUACCUCUAAAUGGGCUUCUUAUUAUCCGCCACAUCAAUCAACGCUGACUCAAAUUAGCCAGCUAUUUUUGAUAUAAAUCAGACGUUCGAAUAACCUAUCAUUGACCUCCGCAGCCGCUUAUAUCAUGGCUAGAACAAACCUGUCUGGGAAAGUCCUUCCGCCUUCUCGUCUGGCACACGUUGUACUUAGGACGCCCGAGUCGAAGCCCAUGCUCGAAUUUUAUAAGAUUUUUCUCGGCGCGCGCGUAGUGGCAGGGAACGAUUCGAUAUCCUUCUUGACUUAUGACGAUGAACACCAUCGUAUCGCCAUCAUGGAGGUCCCCGACUGCGGCGACAAGAACCGGAUGACCGCUGGCCUGGAUCAUAUAUCAUUUACUUUCGAAACGCUGGAUGAUCUUUUGGUCGCUUAUCAGCAGCGCAAAGCGCACGGUAUCGUACCCAUUUGGUGUGUUAACCAUGGGCCGACCACGAGUAUGUACUACCAGGACCCUGACGGGAACGUACUCGAGACUCAGGUAGACAACCUUUCCACGGUUGAGGAAUCCAUGGAGUACAUGGCUAGUCCUGAGUUCGCUGAAAAUCCCAUCGGCAUCGAUUUCGACCCAGAGGACCUAAUCAAGCGGUUGGAAAGCGGAGAACCCGAAAAGGAGCUUAAGAAGCGCCCCAAUAUUGGCCCUCGCGAUUUUGGGAAAAUUCCUCUUUUGAAUUUGCCGAUUCCUGCGAGGGAGAAGAGCGGGAUUGUCAAAAACGGUGCUUGAUACCGCAAACGCAGCAAAGAACAAUGUGUCUGAAUGUUCUAUCUGCUUCUAUCAGAAGAGGAGGUAAAACAAUUUUAACACAAUCAUAUGGAGGAUACACGAAGUUGUUCCGGGGGUUGCGGCGAUGUAUUUGGUCUCGUUCUCUUUGCGAGUGGCUUCUUCUUCUUGCAUAGGAGGUACCUACCUACCUACCUGUAAGGUGCCUUGGGCAUUCAAUUCGGGUCAGUCAACAAAUAAGUCUAGUUCUAAGCAAAGCACAGGUAGUCCAGUCAUCUUAGGAGGUACCUAACCUAAUCUAUUUUUUUGUUAGCAUGAUUCCGAUUGACUCCUAGUUGACAACAUGCAACCUGUCUCAAUUCAUCAAGCAGGGUCAU